AUGGACAGAGCAAUAAGAGCAGUAAGAAAUGGUAGUGCCAUUAAACGAGCUGCGCAACAAUUUCACGUCCCAUAUCCUGAGUCCCUCUGGGACAAACUGAAGCAAGGUCCGUCAAAUUCAAGACUUGGGAGGAAAACAAUUCUAUCCUCCGAAGAAGAACGAGCUAUUGCAGAAUAUAUCAAAUUGUUGGCAAAAAGUUUUUAUGGGAUCUCAUCAACUGAAUUAAGAAGAGCAUGUUUUGAGUACGUUGAAGUAAACAACAUCCGUCACCCCUUUAACACAGAGAAAAAGAUUGCAGGACGCGACUGGUACUAUGGUUUUCUGAAACGAAAUUCUGACAUAACUGUGAGAACUCCAGAACCUAUAUCACUAAACAGGAUUAACGCUUUCAAUAAGACAGAAGUCAAUCUGUUUUUUUCCAAUCUAGAGAUUGUUUAUGAAAAAUUCAAAUUUGGGCCCGAAAAAAUAGAUAAUGUAAAUGAGACGGGAAUAACCACAGUGCAUGUUCCCGGAAAAAUUUUGGCAGGAAAAGGGCUUAGAAGAUGUGGUGCUAUAACGAGGACAAACAGUGACAGCAAUUAUAUUCCUCCAUUAUUUAUAUAUCCUCGUCAACGUUUACCUGGACAUUUUUCAAAGGACGGUCCACUAGGAUCCAUAUAUAAAUGCUCAAAGUCUGGCUGGAUCACUGAGGACAUUUUCUUAGAAUGGCUGGAACAUUUUACAAAGUUUAUCCGUUGUGAUAGUGAUAAUCCAGUUCUGCUUGUGAUGGACAAAGACAUAUCACACACAUCUUAUAAAGUUUACAAAUUCUGCAAAGCACAUGUAAUAGUGGUCGUAUCUCUGCCGCCACAUACAUCGCACAGGCUGCAGCCUUUAGAUUUCACUUUCUUUUCCCCACUGAAGACAGCAUAUAAUAAUGAAUGUAGCACAUAUCUGAAAACCAAUACUUUCGCAAAAAUUCUCCAGGAAGAUAUAGCCAUGUUAUUUGCUCGUUCCUACAACCGCGUCGCUACAAUUGAAAAAGCGGUAAAGGGUUUUCAAUGCACCGGAAUAUAUCCACUAAAUAAAAACAUCUUUGCUGACGAAGAAUUUUCCAUAUUAGAAGACAACUUAAAUCAAACUGAGCCUUCUACGCCAAACGAGACUAUUACUGAAAUACCCGGAAAUGAACAAAUAGAUAACGUCGAAAAUCCCAUUGUUCCAUCAACGUCUGGAACUUCAAAAUCCACAACCAAACUCAGAAUCACAGAGAGCGAUUCAUCUACUUCAGAUGAUUUAGUAGAAGUAUCCGAUGAGGAGGACUUUACUUCAGAUAAAACUUUGAUUCUAAAAACCUCAUUCUCUGAUAUUUAUCCACUACCAGCAAAAAAACAAUAA